AUGGCCUCGGGCAUCCGGAGACUCUCUUCCCAGGAAUUGGUGACAAUCAAGGAUGUUGUGGUGGACUUCACUGAGGAGGAGUGGGGGCUCCUGGACCCUUCUCAGAAGGAGCUUUACAAGGACGUCACGCUGGAGAAUGUCCAGAACCUGCUGUCCCUGGCCUCUAAAACUUUCACCUCUGCACAACAUCAGAGAAUCCACACUGGAGUGAAACUUUUUAAAUGUAAUCAAUGUGGAAAGGCUUUCAUACGGAGUGCCCAUCUUGCUUUGCAUCAGAGAAUCCAUACUGGAGAGAAACCUUUUAAAUGUAAUCAGUGUGGAAAGGCUUUCACACAGAGUGCGAGUCUUGCUGGACAUCAGAGAAUCCACACUGGAGAGAAACCUUUUAAAUGUAAUCAAUGUGGAAAGGCUUUCACAAAGAGUGCGAGUCUUGCUGGACAUCAGAGAAUCCACACUGGAGAGAAACCUUUUAAAUGUAAUCAAUGUGGAAAGGCUUUUAAAAUCAGCUCAGAUCUUGCUUUGCAUCAGAGAAUCCAUACUGGAGAGAAACCUUUUAAAUGUAAUCAAUGUGGAAAGGCUUUCACAUGGAGGUCCUAUCUUGCUGUACAUCAGAGAAUCCACACUGGAGCGAAACCUUUUAAAUGUAAUCAGUGUGGAAAGGCUUUCAUGCGGAGUGCCCAUCUUGCUGCUCAUCAGAGAAUCCACACUGGAGAAAAAUCUUUUAAAUGUAAUCAAUGUGGAAAGGCUUUCAUACGGAGUGCCCAUCUUGCUUUGCAUCAGAGAAUCCAUACUGGAGAGAAACCUUUUAAAUGUAAUCAGUGUGGAAAGGCUUUCACAUCCAGCUCCGAUCUUGCUAGACAUAAGAGAAUACACACUGGAGUGAAACUUUUUAAAUGUAAUCAAUGUGGAAAGGCUUUCACACAGAGUGCGAGUCUUGCUGGACAUCAGAGAAUCCACACUGGAGAGAAACCUUUUAAAUGUAAUCAAUGUGGAAAGGCUUUUAAAAUCAGCUCAGAUCUUGCUUUGCAUCAGAGAAUCCAUACUGGAGAGAAACCUUUUAAAUGUAAUCAGUGUGGAAAGGCUUUUAAAAUCAGCUCAGAUCUUGCUAGACAUCAAAGAAUCCAUACUGGAGAGAAACCUUUUAAAUGUAAUCAGUGUGGAAAGGCUUUCACAUCCAGCUCCGAUCUUGCUAGACAUAAGAGAAUACACACUGGAGAGAAACAUUUUAAAUGUAAUCAGUGUGGAAAGGCUUUCACAUCCAGCUCCACUCUUAAUAGACAUAAGAGAAUACACACUGGAGAGAAACAUUUUAAAUGUAAUCAGUGUGGAAAGGCUUUCACACAGAAGGGUAAUCUUACAUCACAUGAGAGAAUCCACACAGGAGAGAAACCAUUUAAAUGUGAUCAGUGUGGAAAGGCUUUUAUAUCCAGCUCUGAUCUUGCUAGACAUAAGAGAACACAUACUGGAGUGAAACUUUUUAAAUGUAAUCAAUGUGAAAAAGCUUUCACAUCCAAGUCCUAUCUUGUUACACAUCAGAAAAUCCACACUGGAGAGAAACCUUUUAAAUGUAAUCAGUGUGGAAAGACUUUCAUAGUGAGAGCCAGUCUUGCUGCACAUCAGAGAAUCCACACAGGAGAGAAACCUUUUAAAUGUAAUCAAUGUGGAAAGGCCUUUAUAUGCAGCUCCCAUCUUGCUAGACAUCACAGAAUCCACAAGAAACUUUCUUUUUGAUGGGUUUGUUUUUUUUUUUUUUUUUUUUUGGAUAGGACAGAUUAACAGUGGGAAAUACUAGCCAGAGGCUUGUUCCUCCCCUGAUCCUCUAAUCUAAAAUAAUAAGGAACACAUUAUUACAAUAAUGAUACAUGCAGUGGAACAGACGGACUGAGGAAGCUUUGAAAAAUUGUUAAUUAAUUUCAU